CUAUAAAAGCCGCCAUUGCCUCAUCUUCCCCCAUCACCAUUCUUCCCCUGGCCUCCACUCUCUCUCUCUCUCUCUCUCUCUCUCUCUCCCUCCCUCUCUGCUCACCUCUCUGUUAGACGGCGAAGAUUUCAGUAUAGGUAAGGCACAAAGAGUUUUCGGUACUCUCGAUCAUAAUCCUUCCAUUUGAGAAAGAAGAAAAGGGCGGGCGAGCAACAACUUAUUUGUUGCUCUGAAUCGACGAAAAUAGGAGCAACUGAAGGAGUCAAAGGGGGAAAAAAUUGACAGAAAAAGAAGAAAAGGAAAAAUGAAGUAUGUGUUGGUGACAGGGGGAGUAGUUAGUGGUCUUGGUAAAGGAGUUACGGCCAGUAGCAUUGGCCUCAUUCUUAAGGCCUGCGGCCUCCGUGUUACUUCCAUCAAGAUUGAUCCUUACUUGAACACUGAUGCUGGAACCAUGUCCCCUUUCGAGCAUGGAGAAGUGUUUGUUCUAGAUGACGGUGGAGAGGUGGACCUCGACCUUGGAAACUAUGAGCGAUUCUUAGACAUCAAGCUGACACGUGAUAAUAACAUCACUACCGGAAAAAUUUAUCAGUAUGUAAUUGACAAGGAGCGAAGGGGCGACUACCUGGGGAAAACUGUUCAGGUUGUACCUCACAUUACUGAUGCCAUUCAAGAAUGGAUAGAACGUGCAGCAAUGAUUCCUGUUGAUGGAAAGGAAGGUCCAGCAGAUGUUUGUGUCAUUGAGUUGGGUGGUACUAUAGGGGACAUUGAGUCAAUGCCAUUCAUUGAGGCGCUAGGACAGUUCUCCUACCGCGUAGGUGAGGGCAACUUUUGUUUGAUACAUGUCAGCCUGGUGCCUGUUUUGAGUGUUGUUGGUGAGCAGAAAACAAAACCAACCCAACAUAGUGUAAGGGGACUAAGGAGCAUGGGAUUAAUGCCAAAUAUUUUAGCUUGCCGGAGCACAACGGAACUUGAUGAAAAUGUGAAGGCCAAGCUCUCUCAAUUUUGCCAUGUUCCGGAUAAAAAUAUCAUCACUCUGUAUGAUGUAUCCAACAUCUGGCAUGUUCCUUUGCUUUUAAAGGAUCAGAAGGCACAUGAGGCUAUCUUGAAAGUGCUGAACCUUUCAUGUGCCAGCGAACCAGAAUUGGGGGAAUGGACAACUAGGGCUAAACUCUGCGAUAGCUUACAUCAGCCUGUCAGAAUUGCCAUGGUGGGAAAAUACACUGGCCUUUCAGAUUCGUACCUUUCUGUUCUAAAGGCUCUUUUGCAUGCUUCUGUUGCUUGCUGUAGAAAACUUGUUAUCGAUUGGGUUCUAUCCAGUGAUCUUGAAGAGGCAACUGCUAAAGAGAAUCUUGAUGCUUAUAAAUCGGCUUGGAAGUUGUUGAAGGGUGCAGAUGGAGUGCUCGUUCCAGGCGGUUUCGGGGACAGAGGGGUGCAGGGGAAAAUUAUGGCUGCAAAGUAUGCCCGGGAAAAUAGGAUUCCAUACCUUGGAAUAUGCUUAGGCAUGCAAAUUGCUGUCAUUGAGUUUGCUCGAUCAGUCCUUGGGCUACAAGACGCCAACAGCACAGAGUUUGAUCCUAACACCCAGAGCCCUUGUGUUAUAUUUAUGCCAGAGGGUUCAAAAACCCAUAUGGGAGGCACUAUGCGCCUUGGAUCAAGAAAGACUUAUUUUCACGUCACAGACUGCAAAGCUGCAAAGUUGUAUGGCAAUAAGAGCUUCAUUGACGAGAGACAUCGGCACAGAUAUGAGGUAAAUCCUGAUAUGGUAGUUCAACUUGAGGAUGCUGGCCUCGCUUUUGUUGGAAAAGAUGAUAGUGGUUGUCGCAUGGAGAUUAUUGAACUGGCUAACCAUCCAUACUAUGUUGGCGUUCAAUUCCAUCCGGAGUUCAAGUCAAGACCAGAGAAACCUUCUGCUCUUUUCUUAGGGCUUAUAGCAGCAGCAGGUGGACAGUUGGAUGCUUUCCUCAAGAAGAAUGGUGUGACAAGGGCUAGUAGUAUGAGCAACGGUAAUUCAACGAUGAAAUCACGCCAAUAUGGGAAUGGAGAGAAGACCUCCAAUUGGUCAUCAUUGGGUGCUAAUGCUAUCUACACAAACGGGAAUGGUGUCCACUGUUAACAAGAAACUUGUUUUUGGUGCUAAUUUACUCCUGGGCACCUCUCUACCUCUUUAUAUGAGUGCCCUAUUAUUUUUGCUAGGAGCUUUCUUCUCGGUUGGUCUGUACAGCCAGAGUGUGGAUAGGGUGUUAUAGCUCUCGAAUGGACUCGGUUCAUAGAACAGAGCUGGAUUCCGGUCUUUUAAACGGAACAGCCUUUUGUGUUUACAGGAAAUUGCGGAUUAACGAGGGGAUAAUGGACUAUUUAUUUGUUUUUGAUUUAUUUAUUGCUGAUGUUUCAAUUGCAAUAA